GUGGCGUGCGUCCAGCAUCCCCUGAACUGGGAGUCCGCCGCUUGCGAGGUGGAUUCCCUCGCGGCAUGCACUCGCUGCCUCCCCGUCGACUCCUUUCGCUUUCUCGUGUCUUUGCCCCCCCCCCCCCCUCUCCCAGCCAUGCCCUCCUCCUCGCGGCCCCUCUCCUCGGGACAGAUCCGCAGCCUGGCGCUGCUGUCCUUCGACCACCUACUCAACCACCUGGGCGUGGCGGCACGCUCGCAAGCCCGGCGCGUGCUGCCCGAGCUGGAGGAUGUCUCUUGCGCUGCCUUCCUGACUUGGGAGAAGUGCACGCCCGAGGGCGCCGUCGCUUCGCCGGCUCCGGGGGAGCUGCCUAAGCCCGUCGCUCGCCAUGGAGGCUGGGCGCGGGCCGCUUUGCGCGGUUGCACCGGGACCUUCCAGCCGAACCCCGUGGGUCCGCUCAUCCGCCAGCUGGCCAUUGGCUCCGCCGUGCGUGACACGCGCUUCCCGCCGGUCACCUUGGCUGAGGUGCCGCUCCUCCGGGCCACGGUGUCCAUCCUGCACAGCUUCGAGCCUAUCACCGACAAAAACGACUGGCAAAUCGGCACCCACGGUAUUGAGAUUGAGUUCCUCCGGCAUGGGCGCCGCGUGGCCGGGGCAACCUUCUUGCCGAGUGUGAUGGUGGACCAUGGCUUCUCCCAUGAUGACACCUUCGACUAUCUGGUGGAUAAGGCCGGGCUUCGGCUGGCCGACUUCCUCGAAGCAUAUGAGCACCCAUCGGCCGCCCUGUCGGUGGUGAUCACCCGCUACCAAACGGCCACUUCGUCAGCCGACUACGCCGAAUGGCUGGAGCAGUGCUGAGCUGCCCGUCAUCUGAGCGGCCGUACGUGCGGCGGGGAGAAGGGCCAUCAAACAAGCAAGCAAACAAAUAUCACUACCAUUGCGUGCUAUAUUGGUGCCAUGGCGGCGGCGGCGGCGGCGGCGACGACGACGACGACGAUAACGAUGACGAUGACGACGGCGCUGCUCGAGGUGCCGCGUCGAGGGCUCAGAGAAGGAGACACAGGGGAGGCACCAUACAGAGAGAUUGCCCGCAGGUUGGGACUGGUGCGGAGCAUGGCGAAGGGAUGGGCGCACACUCCCCUGCCUGUGGCCGCGCCUCGAGCGCCGGCAAAUCACGCGAAGCACGCCAUCAAGCAUCGCUCCCCGGGGCGAGCGUGUGUGUGUGUGUGUGUGUGU